CCCCGACUUGGUGUUUCUGUGCCCCCAGCCCCUGCGGGUGCCGUGCCCAUCAGAAUUGAGUCAUCAUCUUCACACGUGGCCGAAGGGCAGACCCUGGAUCUGAACUGUGUGGUCCCUGGACAGGCCCACGCCCAGGUCACGUGGCACAAGCGUGGGGGCAGCCUCCCAGCUCACCACCAGGCUCACGGCUCACGGCUGCGGCUGUACCAGUUGUCCCCCGCUGACUCCGGCGAGUACAUGUGCCGCGUGGUGAGCAGCUCUGGCUCCCUGGAGGCCUCGAUCAUGGUCACCGUUGAGGCCUCUGGCUCCAGUGCUGUUCCUGUCUCUG